GUGUCGAUCAAAUAUCAACGAUGUUACUGCGUUUUUAUCCAUUGAGCGUCGUUUGUUGCACCAUAAACUUAGUACUAUCAGAACGAUUCUACGCUUUAGAAACCAGAUACAUCGACGUACCGGUCACUCACUUCGACUGGCGCUACCAAACCGACACCUUCAAAUUGAGGUACAUGGUAGGCUCCAGGGGCAUCGACGACUCCGGCCCCAUUUUCGCCUACAUCGGCGGCUCGGGCGACAUCACCGUCUACUCCCGCAACAGCGGCUACGUCUUCGAAAUCGCCAAGGCGUUCAAAGCAUCGGUGGUGUUCAUCGAGCACCGGUACUACGGCCGCUCGUUUCCCUUCGAAUCGGACUCCCUCUCCAAGAAGAACAUGAGGUUCCUCUCGACGAGAGAAGUCCUGGCGGACAUCGUGCUGGUGAUCAACCACUUGAGGAAGUCUUCGACGGGCGAGCAGAGGCAGGUGGUGGCGUUCGGCGGCGGCUACGGAGGUACACUUGCCGCCUGGUUGCGCGUGAAGUACCCCUUUUUGAUAACCGGGGCGAUUGCCUCAUCCGCCCCCAUGGCCUUCUCCACGAUGGUGAAGAGCUGCGAUUGCUUCUACGAGAAGAUCACCGAGGGGUUCAGGCGCUACGGCGGCGAGCAGUGCGUUAGAACCAUCAAACUCGGCUGGGACGUCGUCAUUAAUUUGUCCAAAACCAAAUUAGGUUUGGAUUUUCUUUCUACUACAUGGAAGCUGUGUAGAGAUUUGAAGUCCAUCAAAGAUAUAAAUUUGUUACUAGACUGGUUGACCAAAGUCUACGUGGAUUUGUCAGUGAAUAACUACCAUUACCCCACGGACUUCUUCGUUCCUUUACCAGCGUAUCCUGUGAAACUCUUCUGCAACAAACUGACCACGUCCUUCGCCAACGACACCAAAGGCCUGAUCGAGUACUUCGGCGAGGCGUUGCAGAUUUACACCAACUACACCAGGAAGGUGGUGUGCAACGAAUUCGAGACGGCCGCCGAGUACGCGUUCAAGUUCCAGCGGUGCGCCGAGCUGGUGAUGCCCGUCUGCUCGGUGGAAUCGGACAUGUUCAUCAACAGGGACUGGAGCUACAGGACGUUCUCGGCGGAAUGCGGCGAGCGCUUCGGCAUCGGCGACGCGACGAGGGAUCGGGUGGUGCGCGAGUACGGCGAGAACCUGGAGCACAGCUCGAACGUCCUCUUCGUCAACGGCGAGAUGGAUCCGUACAGUUGCUACAGCUUCAGCAGCAACGCCUCCGCGUCGAUUCGCUCGUUCGAGAUUCUGGACGGGCCCCAUCACGUCGAGAUGCGGUCGCCCGACGUUUCGGACAACAAUUACAUCGUCAACGCUAGGAACAUGUACGUGGAGGCCGUCAGGAGUUGGCUGAAAGGGUCCGGUCGAUAGGGGAAUUUCUGUAAAGUGAUUUUGUAAUUUUAAUAGUAAUUUAUCGGCUUUUUAGGAUACGAAUUGUGUGUAACGAAUUUUUAUUGUAUUGUUGUUAAUAGAUGAGAAUUUUU